AUGGCUGAUGCAUCAGAACAGAUGAAGACUACUACAUCAGUAUCAACGACUGUCGCUCCUACGAUCGAAUCAAGUGUUAUAGCAGCUAAUGAGGAUGCUUUAAUGCAGGAGAAAUUGAUUAGUGAGGAAUAUAAAAUUUGGAAGAAAAACACGCCGUUUCUGUAUGAUUUGGUGAUGACCCAUGCACUUGAGUGGCCCUCGCUCAGUGUACAGUGGCUUCCUAACUCUUACACCUCGGCGGGAGACGAUUUCUCUGUCCACAAGCUACUGCUAGGCACGCAUACAUCCGGCGCAGAGCAGAAUCAUUUGAUGGUAGCAGAGGUACGCCUUCCUUUGGAAGAGACGGAGAUUGAUGCUCGCAAAUAUGACGAAGAGAGUCAGGAGCUUGGUGGAUUUGGAGGUGUUUCGGGCAAAGUAGACGUUAAGAUCCGCGUCAAUCACGAUGGUGAGGUGAAUCGUGCACGUUUCAUGCCAUCUGAUGAACUUAUUGUAGCCACCAAGACGCCUCAUGCUGAGGUACAUGUGUUUGACAUUUCGAAGCGGCCGUCGCAACCCGAGGAGAGCUCCAAUUCUAACCCGGACUUUCGCUUGCUUGGUCACACCAAGGAAGGUUAUGGUCUAUGCUGGGACCCUCACAAACCUUUCCAUUUGAUUUCUGGCUCGGACGAUGCUGUUAUCUGUGAGUGGGAUAUUCAAAACGCUGGCAAGAUCGUUGAGCCGCUGCGCAAGUACAGCGGCCACAGUGAUGUGAUUGAGGAUGUGGCGUGGCACAUGCAUCACACCAAGAUUUUUGGCUCUGUGGGUGAUGACAAGAAGUUACUCAUCUGGGAUAUGCGCUCGGAGAGCUACGACAAGCCGGCAACGACCGUGUAUGCUCACACGGCUGAGGUCAAUUGCUUGGCUUUCAGUCCUUUCAGUGAGUAUUUGAUCGCUACGGGAUCGGCGGACAAGCACGUCAACCUUUGGGAUAUGCGUAACAUGAAGGCCAAGCUGCACUCGUUUGAGGGCCACAACGAUGAAGUAUACCAGAUCCAGUGGUCACCCCACAACGAGACUAUUUUGGGCUCUUGCUCGGCUGAUCGCCGAAUGCACGUGUGGGAUCUCAGCAAGAUUGGCGAUGAGCAAUCGCCUGAAGACGCUGAAGACGGUCCCCCGGAGCUGCUAUUUAUUCACGGUGGUCAUACUUCCAAGAUUUCAGACUUUUCAUGGAACCCGAACGACCCGUGGGUGGUGGCUUCGGUGGCAGAGGACAAUGUCCUUCAGAUUUGGCAGAUGGCCGAGAACAUUUAUAACGAGGAAGAUGAGGAGACUGAGCAGGUUGAUGUUGCUGACGAAGAGCUUGAAUAG